AUGGCAUCGUCUUCUUCACGACAAAGAUACGGCAUUAUCAUUCUUGGCAACUCGGGCGUAGGCAAGAGCUUCCUAGCCAAUAUUUUGCUCGGUAGCGAAGCGUUUGAUCAUCGUGCUGCUGCUCGGUCGGUAACAACUGAGACUGAGUUCGAAGAGAUCAAGAUGGGCAAUGCAAACUAUGCGAUUUUCAAUAUCCCAGGCCUCAUUGAAGCGGAUCAACAGUGCAUCGAGAGAAACAAGCGCGAAAUAGACAAAGCGUUCGUGGAGCGGCCAACUUCACUCAUCCUCUAUGUAUUUGGAUCGCAGAAUGGCCGGAUUCGAGACGAAGAUGUCGUCGCCUUCAACGCUCUCAACAAAGCAUACCCACUCAAAAUCGAAUCGCUUGUACUUAUCGUCAAUGGUGCACCAAAAAAACGACUCGGAGCCUACGAGGGCGAAGUUAUUGUCUUAUUAAAAGAACUCAUUCAGGUGCCGUGCCAGAGUCUAUGUGUUCUUGACAUGAUCGACGAGAACAAUCAAAGUGAGAGAAAAAAAUUGAAGAACCAACUACUUCAAGCCAUCGUCGAACGAACACCACGCGACCACAUAAAAAAGCAAGACCUAGAACUACAAAGAGAAGAGGUGCGUAAAGCAAAAGAAGAAAUCAAGGCUUUACAGGCAGAUUUUCAGAACAAACUUCAAAUGCACGAAAACCAAAUAAAAAAGCAACAAAGAAUGUACGACAAGAAGUUUGACGAAAUCCGAAAUCAAAAUGAGUUAAUGCAAGUCCUCAUCGAGAAUCAAAGAAAAGAACAAGCGAAUCAAAGAAAAGAACAAGAGAAGCGAGACAAUGAAUACAAAGAAGCAAUUCAGAGAGCAAACGAACUCACUGUCAAGCUACGAGCAGAGGUGCAAGCUGAACAGAAGGCAAGGCAGCAAGCUGAACAAAGAGUAAAGGAACAAACGGAUCAGAGAGCAAGGGAGCAAGCUGAGCAGAAAGCAACAGAGCAAGCUAAGCAAAGAGCAAGAGAGCAAACUGGGCAGAGAGCAAGGGAACAAGUUCAACGAGCGAGUAAGUCCAUUUCAAGCAUUAUGGAAAAGUUAUUUUCUGAAAUUGUUUUUGCUCGACGGAGUUCUGGGAUAACAAAGUUUGAAAAGGCGACCAGUGUAGUUCGCCACAUAUACUUACGAGGAAGGGCUACAGACGGUUCAUCGUUUUUACGUUGA